AUGAACAAGGACAUGUCCUACAACUCCACUGAAGGCCAGCAGGGCUGGUUUGCAGCCAGUAAUGGCAGAAGCAGCUCCUUGAACCUGGACUCUGUGGUGCAACCUCUUGCCCUGAAUCCCUGGGAUGUGGUACUUUGCAUAUCUGGGACCAUCAUCUCCUGCGAGAAUGCGAUUGUGGUAGCCGUCAUAUUUUACACCCCUGCCUUCCGGACUCCAAUGUUCCUGCUCAUCGGGAGUCUUGCCAUUGCUGACUUCCUGGCCGGCCUGGGGCUGAUAUUCCACUUUGCCUUUGUCUAUUGCAUCCAGUCGCAGGUGGUGAACCUCAUCACUGUGGGACUAUUGGUGACCUCAUUCACUGCCAGCGUGGGCAGCCUGCUGGCCAUCACCGUAGACCGCUACCUUUCCCUCUACAACGCACUGACUUACUAUUCAGAAAGGACGGUCACCAGGACUUACAUCAUGCUGAUCCUGACCUGGGGGUUUUCCAUCUGCUUUGGGCUGCUGCCUGUCAUGGGCUGGAACUGCUUGAAAGACGUCUCCACCUGCAGCAUCGUGAAGCCCCUGACCAAGAACAACCUCAUCAUCCUCUCCAUCUCCUUCUUCAUGGUCUUUGCAGUGAUGUUGCAGCUCUACGUACAGAUCUGCAAGAUAGUUUGCAGGCACGCCCACCAGAUCGCUGUGCAGAGGCACUUCCUGGCCACCUCACACUACGUCACCACCAGGAAAGGCAUCUCCACCUUAGCUGUCAUCUUGGGGACUUUUGCUUCUUGCUGGCUGCCCUUUGCCAUUUACUGCCUCCUGGGAGAUUACACCUACCCAGUCCUCUAUACCUACAUGACCAUCCUCCCUGCUACCUACAACUCUAUGAUUAACCCCGUUAUCUAUGCCUUCAGGAACCAAGAGAUCCAGAAAGUGUUGUGGACUGUGUGCUGUGGGUGCUUCUCUUCCACAAUGCCUUUCAGGUCCAGAUCUCCAAGCGACGUCUGA